CACGCGCGCGCUGAUGCUGCAGCUGCCCGUCGGCGCCGACAAGCAGGCCAACCUCUCGCACGCCAAGCGCGAGCUGGCCGAUGCGCUGGCCGAGUCACGCGCCGACCUCGUCGUGCUGCCCGAGGUGUGGCAGAGCCCGUACGGCGUGCAGCACUUUGGCACGUACGCCGAGAGCUUCGGCGGCCUCUGGGACACGCUGCAGCAGCGCGCCGGCAAGGAGGCGCACGGCCGCGCCCGCUGGGGCAUCGACGGGCGCAGCGGCGGCGUGCCGCUGGGCGCCGAGUGCGCCAGCGAGACGCUGCGCUGGCUCAGCGAGCAGGCGCGCGAGCACGGCGUCGUGCUCGUUGGCGGCAGCAUUCCCGAGCGCGACGAGGCCACGGGCAAGCUGUACAACACCAGCAGCGUCUUUGACGAGCAGGGCCACCUCAUCUCGCUCUUCCGCAAGGUGCACCUCUUCGACAUCAACGUGCCCGGCAUGUCGUUCCAGGAGAGCAAGACCCUGAGUGCCGGCGACCGCGUGUGUGUCUUUGAGUGCUCGCUGGGCCGCUUCGGUCUCGGCAUCUGCUACGACGUGCGCUUCGGCGAGUACGCCACGAUCUGUGCGCGCCUCGGCGCCGGUGCGAUCCUCUAUCCUGGCGCAUUCAACACCACGACUGGGCCCGUCGCCUGGGAGCUGCUGCUGCGCGCGCGUGCCGCCGACAAUCAGCUCUACGUGCUCGGCUGCUCGCCCGCGCGGCCGUCGCAGGCCGACAUCGACGGCGGCUCGUACCCGACAUGGGGCCACAGCUCGGGCGUGGACCCGUGGGGCAAGGUGCUGGCGACGUGCGAUGCGGCGCCGGCGCGCGUGCGUGUCGAGCUCGACCCAGAGAUGGUGGAGAAAUGCCGGGCAGGCGUGCCGAUCAGCACCCAGCGCCGCUUCGACCUGUAUGCCGACAUCUCGCAAGUCUAGGGCUGGGACACAAUGCAAUGCAGCGCUGCAUCUCACUCGAGCUUG